AUUCCCGAAUUCUGUUUGGCAUACACUGUGACCAGCAAAUUCAACCAAUACCUCCAAUAAGCCUUUUAUUACAGUGGGUGUGUUUUAUUUCAACAUGAAUCGGGUCUUCGUGUAUGGCACUCUAAAACGCGGGCAACCAAACCACUUUGCGCUGUCGGAGGUCGGAAAUGAGAGAUACACAUAUAUAGGAAAUGGUUUCACAAGCACGAAGUGGCCUCUUGUAAUUGCUUCGGAGCAUAAUAUCCCAUAUUUAUUGGACAAGGAAGGCAAUGGAUACAAUAUCAAAGGCGAAGUCUAUGAUGUAGAUGACGUCCUCUUGGGACACAUCGACCAAGUCGAAUGCUAUCCAGACGUUUAUGGUCGUCGAAAGGUGGACAUCAUCAUGACCAAAGAAGAGACGGAUUCGAACACAGGUCCGACUACCGAUCCGACUACCGACUCGAAAACCGACUUGGCGGAAGACAUCCGACUGGCCAGUCAACCGGGAAGAAUAAUGGAAUGCUGGAUUUAUUAUCUGCCCGAGCCAAGUUCUUUACUUCUGGAACUCGAAAAGAUUGAAGACUAUGAUAGUUAUGGAGCUCAUGGGAUGCCGUAUAUACCAGCUUAUGAGGAGGGCAAAGGCUGGGUUGGUGAACUUCAUAAACCUUCAUCAUAACCGCUAGUAAUCUAUCAUUCGAGCUAUAAUAGGUGAUAGCUCAGUCGCUAGAGCGGGGGUUUCUGAUUCCGGUGACCUGGGUUCGAUUCUAACUUGGUGCACGCUAUAUAGUGCCCUCUGGUAAGGCAUUAAUCCUCAUUACCAUGUCCCUGGAGAGGACCUUAAGCCGUCGGCCCUUUGGUUGCUUGCUGACAAGCAUUCAUGCUUUCUUAUAGCAAUCAUGUAAAAAUUAACUCCCAUUUACCAUGGGGAGGGUGGGGUGUCUCCUAGCUACGAUGUGCACUGCAAAAACUGUGAUUUAACACCAGCUCGGAAUCUAUUUAUGUCCACACCAGAGAAGUAUUGAAACAACACCAGUUCGGAAUCAAACCGAUGCUGUUUUAAUACUAAUUGGUGUUGUAUAAACAUCUAUCUGGUGUUAGAUCAAAACGAAACUGGUGUUGUUUAACACUUCUCUGGUGUGGUCCGUGUGGACAUAUAUAGAUUCCGGGCUGGUGUUAAAUCAACACCAGAGUUUUUGCAGUGUGGGACCUGGAAAAUCCAGGUUUAAAGUAAAUUGAUUCAAAUCCACACAAAACGGAUCACUUUCAAAUUUGGUGCAAAUAAUCACAGAUGAAUUAAUUUCAACGUAAAUCAUGCAUAAGUCAUGUAAGCGAAAUACUUUAACAGAUGAACCUGAAAACAGAUAUUGAGUAUCAUUUGCUCAAUGACAAGGUAAAUGUUUAUGAGAUAAGAGAAGUUUUAAAAAAUGUGUGUAUAUAUACGUAAUGAAACAAAAUGCAAUGUAACAUUGUCACUUGUUUGUAGCCUGUUUUAAAAUUUUUAAUCAAUUUACUUGUAAUUAUCUUGAAUAACACGGUUACCAAUAACACAAGAAACUAUAAAUACUUGUUUUUACGUUUGUAGUUCAACUGUUUAAUUAACUUUUCUGAUUUAAGUCAGCAUACAUUGACCAGAUGAAUAAAUACAUCAAAAUUUGAAAAGGCAUAUGGAGUUUCUUUUGUAUAAUUUUGGGCAGGAACAUAGAUAUACUGAAUUAUAGGAAGUAAUACGACAACAUGUAGCUUUAGCAUAUAAUCAUAACACGGUCAGCAAUUUGAUAGUUAAAGUUCUGUUUCUUUUAAAGGAAAUUGAGUUCCGGUAUAAGCUUUAUGACUCCAAAUAAUAUAGUUAAGUCAUACUUUCUUCGAUGAAAGCGGGUGAAAAAUACCACUGUCUAUGUCGGCGAACGAAAGUUCUCUCGAGUCGACAGUUGGGGUGUAUGAAGAAAAUCAUCAGGAACACAGCGUAGUUCCUCAAUCCAUUCACUCCGAAGUGUUGAAUGUUGACGGCGAGUCCGUCGAAGACCCAAUUACAUCGGAAUUAUGUAGUGUCAUUGGGCCCAGAGCCCGUGUUGUAUCUCUUGUUGACAAGGAUAUUACUCUCUUAGCCCAGCUAAGUGGUAGACCAAAACUGCGAGGAUAUCUUGGUAAUUCCGGUCCUUGUUGCUGAUCAUGGUGUGUGUGGCAGUCGUGUGAAGGAUUUCUAGGAUUAGCCAGCCUGUAAAUGCUAGUGUUGAAUCUCUAAACCCUCUUCACGCCGGUCUCAACACUCAAGUCACCUCAGCAAUCUCUCAACCAGGAAGAGGUGAAAACCUAUAACCUUCCCAAACCAAGGUUAAAAUAUGUUCUGCUCAGGGUAUCUUGCUCAAAAUGCUCACUCUAACACACACCUCAAUUUCUAAUCAAUAAUCUCACUGCCUGUUCCUAUCGCCAAGCAACAGAAAACAAUUUAAUUCCUUUUUUUUUUGGGGGGGGGGCAUAAAAUUACCUAACAAUGCAGCGACCUCAUUUUGUGUCAGCUCCUUGCAGUGUAGCAGAAAGGAGAAGAAUUAAGCUAAAAGAAUAGUGUGCAAGAUCCUAACAAUGCAGCAGCCCUUUUUGCGUGCAAGCUCCCUACACUAUAGCACCUGAGGAAUGUAAGCAGCUGGUUAAACAUUAUAUGCAACAAAGGAGCAAGAUUAGGACAAAAAAAUGUCUUCACUAGUCCUGAAAAAAAAAUCAUGUCCAAGGUGACAAACAUAUAUGAACGAAAAUUUUAAAUAGCCAUUUAGAGCUCUAUUCACCUUAAAAAUUUCAGCGUUUUUAUAUAAGAACUGACGUAGAAUUAUGAAAUGUUACCUCUAGCAUGUCAGCAAAAACUUUGCUCCAAAUUUGAAAAAUAAAUGAACGUAACAUCGCUUACAAGAAGAUCAUUAUGAAAGUACGUAUAUCUCAAAACUAAAACGGAAUCAGAAUCAGAGGCCUACGUAAAUACAAUAUACAGAAGAAUUUGACUGUAAAAGCAUAAUAUCAAUCUUUUUGACAAGGCCAGGAAAAGGCCUGGAAAUCCAAUAAGUACAUCUUUCUAAUCGACGCCAUUAAUGAGAGGGAAGUCAUUACGACUGUCAAUCGUUCCAUUUAGCGUUUAUCUCUGUAUGAAGUCAAUCAAGACUCGAUCGUACUUCAGCCGUUAAGCAUGAUUGUUUCAGGCUGGAGGCCUCUCAGCAAACUUAAAAAAAAUGAUAAAAGAUACUCACUGUGACAUAUUUCAUAAUUAGUUUGUUUAUUAAACUUCUGAUGACUAAAUC